GGAGGUACCCUACCCACGAGAUAACGCUCCGAUCAAUACCCUCACUGCUUCCCAGCCCCUCUGCCUUAGAGAUGUACCUAAAAGAGCUAGAGAUGAGUGAGAAAGGCCCGGAGAUGGACACCGGAGCAACCAGACAGCGAGAAGGGAGAGGAGGACGAUGGAUGUGCUGCCGUUUCUGGGGAGAGGCAGAAGAUGGGGACGAUGGUUGGAAAUCCGAGGAUCCAAGCGAAAAGAAAAGAUCUGAGCUGCUGCGGUUGAGAGAGCAGAGCACAGAUGUGCAGAACCCAGGGCGAGGAAAGGGGAGGCAGACUCGGGAUAAUUUGGCAGAAAUCGGAAGUUGGGGUCCAGAAGGGAGAAGAAUCGGGAGCCUUUUCCUGGGCAAAAACCCAUACUUUGCCCUUGGCCUUUUCGAGUUUGAGGGUUUUGCCCUUUAGUUUACAAAAUAUGAAUUUGUGCCCUCCAUCUCUUCUAGCCUAGGGUAAUAAGGCAAAGGAUGCCUUUGAGUAAGGCAAAGAAUUUUUUAGAUUUUCUUAAAGUUAGAGUAGGCUUAUAAUAAUUUUAUAUAUAAA